GGUGGUGCGGGUUGAGCGCAUGCGCGGUCCUUACCGGUUGGGUUUGGGGCGGCCCGUGGCUGUGCCCGGGCUCUGAUCUGUGAGUGGUGGUACCGGUGGAGGCGGCGGCGGCGGCUGCUCGUGUUUAAUUUAAUGGUCGGCCUCGUGGUGGUUGAGGUGGCGGGGUUGAGAGAGAUAGCCAGUGGAGCUGCCUUGUGUUGUGCUCUCUCCCCUAUCCCCGGUGGCCAUGGCCAUCAGUCAGUUGCGAUCACUCAGAGUGUGUACAUGUUUGGUAUGGCUGCUGUCCCUGUUCAAGAGACUCAUCUGCAGGUCUGGAAGAGGUAGGAAAUUGAGUGGCGAUCAAAUAACCUUACCAACAACAGUUGAUUACCCAUCAGUUCCUAAGCAGCCUGAGGUCGAAGAAUGGAGUUCUUGGGAUGAAGAUGGCCCAACGAGCAUUAAGAUUGAGGGAGGCAAUGGUAAUAUAGCAGCACAACAGAAUGGUACUGGAGAGCCUGAAGAACCUGAUUACUUUAAAGAUAUGACACCAACCAUACGAAAACCUCAAAAAAUUAUUAUUAAGAAAAAAGAACCAUUAAAUUUUGGAAUCCAGGAUGGUAGUGUAGGAUUUUCCAGUAGACUAGCAGCUACACAGGACAUCCCAUUCAAUCAACCGUCACCUGAACUGGGGGAUUUUGAGACUUGGCAGGAAAAUACUAAUGCCUGGGAAGAGGAGGGAGAUGCCACCUGGGAGGCAGAAGAAGUGCUGAGGCAGCAGAAACUUGCAGAGAGAGAGAAGAGAUCAGCUGAGCAACAAAGGAAGAAAAUGGAGAAGGAUGCACAAAGAUUACUGAGAAAAGAACAGAGCAAAAUUGCUGUAAAACUUACAUAACUAUGAGCAAUAUAUGGAUCCGUCAUUGUCUGCAAAGGAGCAAGUUAUGUUUCCCUCCCACGGCCAAAUAUGACCAGUACACUUCAAUGAAGAACACUUUUUAUAAGUAAUUUCUACUGGUGUGCAUUUGACCAUUUUAGCUCAAGUCACUAUCUGAUGCUCAUAGACCUUCAUGGAUUGCUGGAAAUCAUUGGGUUAGAUACAGGAUUUUACAGUAUAUAUAGUUUGUUCUCAGCUAUCCAAUCAGUGCAUUGUUGAAUACAGUACUUCAUUGCACCAGUUCCUGAUCAUCUUCAUAGAUUAUUUCCUGGAGUUCUUUUCUGAUUCUCCCGGUUGAAUAUAGAAAUAUUUGUAGCUUGAUGAACAUAAUUUAUCUGCUGUUUGUAAAAUAUAUUUUAUUUGGAAUUAUAUUUAAUCGCAAAUUUAUGCUGGUUUGUUCCUUUGUCUGGAUUUAACAGUUGUUCAUCUGUUCUGCUAUGCCAGAUGCAAAAAUAUUAUCAAUGAAAUCAAUGGAUUAUCAAAACAUGAGGUUUUGUGCUGUAUAUAUUCCUUUUUUAACGGGUUACUGAUAAUAAAUUCAAAGAAGUUACUAAUGCAUUUGUAUAUAUGGAGUAAUUGGCUGUGGCUAAAUAGAGAAAUGUUAUCGAAACUCUUUAGUUUUAAAUUCUUAACCUUUUGACAUUCUGGAAGUGAAAUGAGUAAUCUCAACCAAAACUGUUAACUGCAAGUUCUGCAGGAAACAGUGAAGCGUGUAUCCACAGUCAUAGAAAAUGGCCUUUGUCACAGGACUGUAAAAUUUGAAAUAUUAUGUAGUUUACAGCUCUGCAGCACUUUUCCUACUUGUGUCUUUUGGCAACCAGUCAAGACAUUUUUUUUAACCUUAAACGUUUUGCUUGUUUCUUUUAACUACUUUAAGGCGAUACUUUUGAGUGAAGUUUUGAAUCUUAAGUGAAGAUAGUGGUUGUUCUGCUGUAAGUUGAUGCCUAUUUGUAGUCUUUUGAUUUCUGUAAUCCAUAAUUGAGAAUAUUUUAUUAUUGUCUGAAAUAAGACAAACCUAAAGAAACCUAUGUUUUCUUUACUAUAUGCUUUAAUACUAUUCCUGGCCAUCUAUUUUCAAAUGUUCUAAUUUAAACACAUUUAUUGGAUUGUUAAAAUACACUUGCUUCAUAUAUGACUUUUUAAAAUUAAGGUGCUUCCAAUUUUGGGCCUGUUUUCCAAAGUGAGUGCAUAUUUAUUGUUGAUCACCAAGAUCUGUUCUUUUCACAUUGUAUCCACUUCAUUUCAGGAUAACUUUUCAAACUAGAAUGAUGACUUGCAUUUGGCGUUCAUGUUAGUAUGCGAAACAUAGCAACAUGCAUCAUCAUGAUCAAAAGCUGAUGACAGCUUCUGAAUGAUCGAUGCAACAUCUCUUGUGACUGGAUGCAUGUUUCAAUCUGUGUGCCGUUUACCUUGCAAUUGAAUGUUUUACAGUAACAUUUUCUCUCUGACUUAAUGCUUCGAUUCUGUUAUCACUUCAGACAAUUUGGUGAAAGUAUUGGUGAAUCUGAUAAAUGAUCCCCAACAUCUGAAAUUAUUUCAACAGUUUUGGCUUUGAACCAUAAACUGCGAUCUUGUGGUCAUAUCAGAUGUCUUUGCAGGUAGACUUGUAAGAAUUCAAAUUAUUUGUCAAGCUGAUGAUCAUUGCUUCUUAGAAAUAUAGUUCUUCCCUUGAACAUCUAAGUUUGUUUGUCACUACUACUUUUUUUCAGCAACCUUUAUACUCAGCAAUGUAAAUUAUAUAAAUUUUCCUGUCUGUAUAAUACCCAUGUUUAAAUCUAUUGCACAGUACAUUGUACAGUAUUAAAAAGGUAGUUGAAAAUUCAUGCUAUUUUUGUUCUGUUCAAUGAGUGGGGCACUUAAUGAAAUGUGAAACACUAUAGCUUGGGUUAUCUGGUUUCUUUCAUAAAACCUUUACUUUCUCCUCAUGGGUGAACAAUCAAAACUACAUGUGAGAACGUUUUGAAAUGAUUUCUGUUUUGGUUGCUUUUAAAAGUCAUUUUUGUUGAAAAAUAAACAUUUUUGUUUUGUAUUUUA